AUGCGCGGACUCGACGCGUACGAACGCGCGCUGUGGAAGUGGGUCAAUGUGUACAAUCUCGAUGCGUUCUUGCAGGACGUCUAUCGGUACUACGAGGGCAAGGGGAUAUAUUCGAUAGCACUCGCUAGGGGCUUGAAUCUUAUCACAGUCGGGUUUGUGAUUGGCUUUUCUACGUUCCUUUUGGGCUGUGUCGACUAUGGGCGCAUACGACCUGACAAGAUCACUCGUUUGUCCGAUGCCAUCGUACCGCACUGCGUAUCAAGAUUCUCUGGAUUUACUCUGCUCUUUUUCUUGCCCUUUACCGCAUUCUACAUCUGGCGGAUAAUAUCAUUCGUGUUCGAGAUCUCACGACUUGUAGACAUGUACAACUUCUACACCUACCUUCUGCGUAUACCCGAUGCCGACAUCCAAACCAUAUCCUGGCCCGAGGUUGUUCGCCGCAUAGGGGCUAUCCGAGAAGAAAAUCCAAUCACUGCCAUUUCCUCUGCUGCUGGAGGCAACUCUGCCACCCCUGCAACGGCCUCGUUGGAUGCUCACGAUGUUGCGAAUCGUAUCAUGCGGCAAGAGAAUUAUCUCAUCGCGUUGUUCAACAAGGAUUUAUUGGAUCUACGGGUUCCGCUGCCUCCGAAUAUCAAGCGCCUCCUGCAUCAGAGUGGAGACGAAGGAAAGGGCCAGACACUGACUAGGGUGCUUGAGUGGAAUCUCCGGUUCUGUUUGAUGGAGUACUUGUUCGAUCCGCAAGGAAGAGUCAGGAAGGUGUUCUUGAAGAACAAGAACCGCCCUAUCUUGAUUGAGGGCCUACGUCGCCGUUUCAUCUUCAUGGGCAUUCUCAACGCCAUCUUCGCACCCUUCAUCGUCCUGUACAUGGUCAUGUACACGUUCUUCCGGUACUUUGAUGAAUACCGACACAACCCAUCCUCAAUUGGUAGUCGCCGCUAUACGCCCUUUGCAGAGUGGAAGUUCCGUGAAUUUAACGAGCUCCCUCACAUAUUCACUCGACGUGUUGACGAGUCCUAUCCGGUCGCGAGUCGAUAUAUUGGCCAGUUCCCCAACGAGAAGCUGACCAUUAUCGUUCGAUUUGUGGCUUUCGUCGCUGGAUCCUUCACCGCCGUGCUCCUGUUGGCUACCAUCAUCGAUCCCGACGUGUUCCUCUCUUUGGAAAUCACGCCUCACCGGACCGUCUUCUUUUACAUCUCAAUCUUUGGUUCAGUACUUGCCGUCGCUCGUGGGAUGAUCCCGGAAGAUAACAAGGUCUUCGACCCCGAGCUGCUCAUGUCCGAGGUGAUCCAGUAUACGCACUACAUGCCGGACGAGUGGAAGGCCAUGCUGCACUCUAAGCAGGUUCAUCAGGAGUUUGGCGAGCUGUUUACGAUGAAGCCGCUCGUGUUCGCACAGGAAAUCAUCUCGAUCGUGACGACACCAUUUGUGCUCUGGUUUUCGUUGCCGGAGUGUGCACCUGUGAUUGUGGAUUUCUUCCAUGAUUUCACGGUUUGGGUGCCCGGGAGAGGAUACGUCUGUAGUUUUGCGGAGUUUGACUUCAAGAGGCACGGAAACGUCAAGGUAUGUAAUACUCUAUCAUGUCGCGGUGCGUGA